GAGUAUUGAUCAUAUGGAAGAUGAAGAUUAUUUUGAUCACGAGGAGUAUAUGAUACAAGCAAUGGACCUACAUAGACAACAACAUGCAGCCGAGAGAGCAUCUGCUUCACAUCGUCGUAAUUCUCAACCUCGCAUGUUCAUCAGACGUAAUCCAUUGGAAGGUCAUGAGCGCCUUUGGAAUGAUUACUUUGCUGAGCCGUCAAUAUAUCCGCCAAACGUUUUUAGGAGGAGGUUUCGAAUGCAUCGUAAUCUUUUUUUACGCAUACAUUCUGCAGUUGAAGGUCACGACGAUUAUUUUGUCCAAAAAAGAGAUGCCAGUGGGAGACUUGGAUUGUCCUCCCUUCAAAAGAUAACUGCAGCAAUUAGGAUGCUUGCAUAUGGGGUUACGGCAGAUCUUAUGGACGAGUAUGUAAGAAUUGGAGAAAGCACCGCACGGUUGAGUAUGAAGAAAUUUGUAAAGGCGAUCGUGUCAAUUUUUGGGGGUGAGUACUUGAGGUCUCCAACCAACAGUGAUAUAUCGAGGUUACUAGAAGUCGGACAAAACCGUGGGUUUCCAGUAAUGUUGGGUAGCAUUGAUUGUAUGCAUUGGAAAUGGAAGAACUGUCCUUGUGCUUAGAAAGGUCUCAUAAUGACAUCAAUAUACUCGAUCGAUCUUCUGUUUUUACUACGUUGGCCAAAGGUCAUGCUCCUCCGUGCAACUACACAAUCAAUGGUCACGAAUACACAAUGGGAUAUUAUCUUGCUGAUGGUAUAUAUCCUUCAUGUGCAACAUUAGUGAAGACAAUUCCUGCUCCACAUGGAAAAAAGAAAAAACAUUUUGCUGCUUGUCAGGAGUCUGCAAGGAAAGAUAUGGAGCGAGCCUUCGGAGUACUCCAAGCUAGAUUCGUAAUUGUGUGUGGACCUGUUAGGUAUUUUCAGCCCCGAGUUCUAAAAGACAUUAUGUACACAUGCAUUAUCUUGCACAAUAUGAUCGUUGAAGAUGAGCAUCAUCAAUAUCUCGGGACUGACCAGUUUAUUUACAAAUCCAAUGAUGAUACUCCACAUGAGCCAAUUUCACGCGAUAAUAUACCUGAAUUCAGGGAGUUCAUUACGCAACAUCAUCAAAUUAGAGAUAGAGGCACUCAUUCUCAACUCCAAGCUGACCUUAUCGAGCAUUUAUGAAUUUGCAUAGCCAUUCAUAAUUUACGAGUUAUGAAGUUUAUUGUCGUUGUUUAUUGUCGAGUAUUUGUGGAAUAUGCAUGGAGUUCAUUGUUGUUGUUUAUGAC